AGCCCAGAAGAAUCACCUUCUUUGCCAGAACUCGCACAUCCAGUCCAUCCACCUGCAGGGGCUACCUCUUCUAUUUGGGACCAGACUCCACUGGAGCGAAAACUCUACUGCACUGACACAGAUGAAUGAAAAGAACACAACAUACAUAUAUUUGAAACAUCUUCCUUCCAAAAAGCACAUGCCAAAAGAAAAGAUAAAAGGGCCACCAAUGUACUCAGAAGUGAAAAACACUACUUCAAACUCCAAUCAGACAAAGAUAACAAGAAAUAAAUCAUCUAAAAGAAAAGUGCCUUCAGUCCCAUUUACCCAGUGUCUCACUGUUGUGAUCAUUGGAAUCUUCUGUUUCUUUCUCCUUGUGACAACUGGAAUUUUGGGACUCAUGGUUUUCCAGGGUCAUCACAAAUGCCAACCACAGAAACCACCACUGGAAGACAAUUCCAUGUUGAAGAACAUACCUGUUGUAGUGGAACCAUUUAACACAGGAAACAACAGCACGUGUGAGAGGAAAUGGUCAUGUUGUGGAGAGAAGUGUUACUAUUUUUCCCAUGAAUUGAAGAGCUUUGAAGAGAGUAGGAGAUCCUGCAACAAAAUGAACUCUGCACUACUUAAGAUAGACGAUGAAAAAGAACUGGUGAUAAAUUUACCUUCUGACUUUCUGGAGAAAAUUAUUAUACCCCUAAGAAAAUUAAGAAAUACAGCAUUACCAUUGAAUUUGAGCAACUGGCAAGAGCCAAAGAGUGGAAACUGUGCAAGGAUGACAGCAAGGAAGAUGGUUGCUUCUGAGUGUUCCAAAUCCUCCUACUAUGUCUGUGAGAAACUGAGCAGCACUGAAGGCUCUUGGGAAACCAGGGCAGAUAACAUAGGGAGCCCAGAAGAAUCACCUUCUUCUCCAGAACACGCACAUCCAGUCCAACCACCUUCAGGGGCUCACCUCUUCUAUUUGGACCAGAGUCUACUGGAGCGGAAACUCUACUGCACUGACACAGUGUCUUCAGUUCCAUUCACCUGGUGUCUCAAUGCAGUCAUUCUUGGAAUCUUCUGUUCCUUUCUCCUUGUAACAACUAGAAUCUUGGGAUUCAUGGAUAUACUGUUUUGUGUAUGAUGGAUAUUUAGCAGCAACCUGUCCUCUACUCACUGGAGAAUAGUAGUUACAUCCAAAUUCCCUCCAGAU